GUUUGUCUCGAACACCUGCCCGAAAAGCGGACAGUUUCCGCCACCCAAAAUCUGUCACUAAACUGCGAGUCACAAUCUGCCGUCGCCAGUUUUAAUCUAAUCUGCCGAAACCGCCGCUGUCCAAUGAAUCGAUAUAAGUAGCAAUCUUCGUACGGAAUGUUUCACUAUUUAUUUCAAGUCUAGUUAAUGUGCAAGAUGGCAGCCAUCGCAAAAUUCGUCUUCCUCGUCGUCGCAGCUCUGACUCUGACGAUUGUCAAUGCUGGACCAGCGAAAAAGUCCGUAAGCGAUCUGAUCGAUGUCGUCGAAGAGUAUCGGGUUCGGUUCGAGGAACUCGGUCUGGAGAAAGAUCAACUUUUGCAGUUUGCCCGCGUGGCCCUGUUUGCCACCUACCGACACAUGAACGAAGAUAUGCUGAUCAAUCUCGGCAACGCAAGAAACACAAUCGAGUUUGGAUUUGAUGAAACCCGCUCGCAAAUUGCGGACGACAUGCUAGAUGGUGGCGACGAAGAGUGCCUCCUGGAUCUGGUAUCGCAAAUCGUUGACGAACAGCGUCGGUUAGCUUCCGGAAUGAGUGAAUGCGCCGCGGCCAGUAACAAUGCCAAGGGCGAGCUGUCGUACUCGUUCCUGGAAGAACUGGAUCUGCUUCAGCGAUUGUCCACCGCCCAAACCGAGUACGUUCUGUUCUCGUUCAGCAAUCACAACUCGUUUGCGGAUCCGGAACAACAUGCCGAAUUUUUGCGACGUACCUACGAGGAAAGCGAGGACCUGUGGAACGACCAAGUACGGCCGAUUAUUCAGUUCGAGAUCGAUGCCAUGGAGUACAAUCGGAUGAUCCUGGUGGCCGAAAAUUUGGAGUGUCUGAACGAGCUGGAGCAGCAGCUGCAAACAUUCGAUGACGAGAUCCGCGAGAAGGUCAAAACCUGUGUGGAACCGUUCAGAGCCUAGGAACUAGAACAGAGAAAAAGAAUAUCAUUUGAUUAUGUUUUUAAAUUAGUUGUGAUUUAACAUCAAAGUAAACAGUAGAACGAAAGCCCGUUGUCUUUUGUCAAAAUAAAAACCAUAAGCCUACU